AUGCCAGUCACCACUGCUGCCACUGCUGCUGUCACGAAGCCGCCGCCGCCUGCGAAGCCGACGAUGAAGCCGGUCAAGCAGGCCGGUGUCAGCUUGCAGUCGGGAGGCGACAACAAUCCCAAUCCCAUUCAACAUGGCGGAAUGGGCCAGGCAGAGCGAGCCUUCUCCGCCGCCUCGACCUUCUUGUCGGGUAUCAUGGCCAUAUCGGCCUCCCAAUUCAUCGGAGCGCCUCUCAAGUUCAUCGAUCCCAACUUCUACGAAGCAUACAUGGCCUGGACCAAGGAGUCCUUCGCCGUCCUAAUGACCACCAUCACGCAAUGGUGGGCGCCAACCGUGGUCAAGGUGAGCGGGGACGACAGCAUGAAGGGCCAACUUUUCGUAAUGGACGAUGGAACGCUGAAAUGCAAUUUCCCACACCGAAUCAUUCUCAUGGGGAACCAUCAGCUCUAUACGGACUGGCUGUAUCUCUGGUGGAUCGCGUACACCAACAAGAUGCAUGGCCGCAUCUACAUCAUUCUCAAGGAGAGUCUCAAGCAGCUUCCAAUCAUCGGUUGGGGCAUGCAGUUCUACAACUUCAUCUUCCUGAGUCGCAAAUGGGAACAGGACCGCUACAAGUUCAAGAGACACCUCGACCACCUGAAGAACCCCAAAGACCCCAUGUGGUUACUCAUCUUCCCCGAGGGCACGAAUCUGUCCGCAGUCACCCGAGAGAAGUCGGCGAAAUGGGCGCAGAAGACUGGGGUCCCGGACAUGAAGCAUCAACUCCUCCCGCGUUCAACAGGCUUGCAGUUCUGCCUCCAGGAGCUGCGACCAACGACCAAUUGGCUGUACGACUGCACCAUUGCUUACGAAGGCGUUCCAAGGGGACAAUAUGGCCAAGACAUCUUCACGCUCAAGUCGUCACUGUUCGAAGGCAGGCCCCCGAAGUCGGUGAAUAUGUACUGGCGGCGUUUCAAGACGUCGGAGAUACCCUACGAAGACGAUGAGCAAUUCAGUCGUUGGCUACUAAAUCGCUGGCGCGAGAAAGACUACAUCCUUGAGUACUACUACAAGUUUGGCACUUUUCCAGCGGAGGGGCCCACCCAAGCUUUGCUCGCCGCAGAAGGGAAAAGGCAGCCGAGCCAUGCGAAGUCCAUCUCAACGUCGGUAAAAGGUGGCGGAUGGGAUGAGUUCCUGAGCAUCUUCGGACCAAUUACCACAGCCGCUGGAGCGCUCUCCAGUGUCGACAUGACAGAACCGUUCAAUCUCGACGAGAUGAUGCGGAAGGCCGCCCAAUCACAGCAAUACAACCUCCUACAACUCGGUAAGAUGCCAAUGGCGGCAACAGCACAGGAUGCGAUACGAAAUGCUCUUCUGGCAGCUAACAAGCAGAAUCCCCUUCCCAACAGCGUGAUAAACAAGCUUCUGAAGACAGCCCCGGCGACACAGGCACAGAUGAAACAAGCCUUACAAACCUCUGGAGAUGCUCAAAUUGCCAAAGAGGUUGCCAGAGCGCCUGGCUCAGACAAAGCUCUUCCGAGUGACACACAGAAAGACCUCACCAAGGCGGCGGGCCAAACGCAGAAGGUGGUCUCUCAAGCGCAGAAAGAUGCCGCUGCGAAGACGCCAGCGCAGAACGUGCGGAGGGAGAUGCCCUUGGUGAACAUGGAGAGCAUGAUCACAAGACCCAUCAGCACCAUGGCUAUACAUAGCGCCGGUCAACAGGUGCAGAAGCUCGUGGCCGCUCAGGCGCAGAAGAAAAGCAGCGCUCUGCCUGUGCAGAAGGCAGCUUCCACGGCAAAGACGGUGGCUCCAAAGACUGCCGCCAAGCAGCCUGCCAAAGGUCCCGGUAUGAUCAAGCCAGCUUUGACGGCGAAGAAUCUGAACCGCGUGGCCCAGCAAGUGGAUGCAAACGCCGCGGCAGCCAAGGCCAACAGCAAUCCUGCGGCGUCGAGAGCUGCCGGAGCGCCUCCGACCGUUCGCUCUGCGCCAGUUGUGGGAAAUGUGAAGAAGCCGGGAGGCAAGAUUCCUCCUCCACCUGCAGCAAAGAAGGCACCAGUGUCGAAGAAUUCAAAACCACUCGGGACUCGAAAGUACGUAAAUGGAAAGCCUGUCUGA